CACACUUCUGUUAAGGGAAGGGUCCCAUGUGCUGUGUACAUAACAUUAGCAGCGGUCUUACUCGAUAAAUGAAUGGUACAAUAAUGGACAAGGAUAGCCUCCUCCAUGUGUUGCGGAAACAUGCCAUGCACACUUCAUGUCUAAAGUUUGUGGAGGGUGCCUGUGACGUGACCGAGGUGGGUGAUGGGAACAUGAACCAUGUAUUCCGUGUGGCUCACAAACAGGACUCUACGUCAUCUGUCAUUGUCAAGGCAGCCCCACCCUACAUCAAGUGUCUUGGUCCGGACUAUCCCCUGACUGUUCAUCGCUGUACCAUUGAGUACCGGGCACUACAGAAGUUCCACGAAAUCAUCCCCGGCUACAGUCCUCAACCCUACCUUCUCAUCUAUGACAUGAGCAUGUUUGUCAUGGAGGACCUCUCUGAAGGGUAUGUCAUACUACAAGCUGAGCUGAUCAGAGGCAAGCUCCAUCUAGCAGCAGUCAGGAAUAUCGCAGUUUUUAUGGCCCGUGUUCAUUCCGCAACUGGCCAUAGAAGCCCAAAUAGUGAACUACUGACGUCGUUCAGCAACCCAGACAUGGUAUCUCUGACGGAACAGUACAUCUUCACACGACCUUUCCUGAAGGAUGACCCAACCAAUCACAGCUCAGAACCAAUAAAGGCAAUCCUUCAUCUUGUGCAUGAUGAUAGGGAACUUCAAAGCAUUGUGGGAAAGUUUAAGCGACUUUUUCUGGAGAAGCAAGAAUCCUUGGUGCACGGUGAUCUCCACAGUGGAUCUAUCCUGGUCAGACCUACAGAUGGAGGUGUUAAGGUCAUAGAUGCUGAGUUUGCUUACAUCGGCCCAUCAGCCCUUGAUCUGGGUCUGUUACUGGCCAGUUACGUCUUCUCUUACUCUGCACACAAGGAAAAGGGCAACGAUGGGGGAGACAUGACGUUCUGUGAGCUGUUAUGUCAGGCAAUUCAUCUGACAGGUGAAACAUACACUGCACAUCUGACGUCACAGGAAAAUGCUACAUUGCACUUCUCCCAGCUCAUGCCGGAAGUUGCUGGUUUUGCAGGAUGUGAGCUCAUCAGAAGAAUCAUUGGGGCAGCCCAUGUGGCUGACGUGGAGGGGUGCCCAGCUGCCGAGGAACGGGCUCUGCGGGCAGGGAUCUGGCUACUGAAGAACAACAAUACUGUCACUUCCACAACAGCUUUCCUCAGGUGUCUGCAGUCCUGACAAACCCAGGCUUAGCAUGACCAACCUUCGCGUUUUUAUGUAGCCUUUACAAAAGGAGUUCAGGUUUGCAGGGGGGUCCAAAAUAACACUGAUCAAUGCAUGUAGCAACGUGCACAAUCUUCACCUGCUUAGUUUUGAGAUGAUGUCUCUUUCUGAAACACAGCUAACCAAGCAUGUCUUUGCUGUUUCUUGCAUGUAUUCUUAUCAAGUGAUGUCACUAGAAUUGUCUAAUAGAUAACUUUUUACAAUUAGUAUUGUACACUUUUCACAGUCAUAUGGAGAUAGAUCGAUAGAGUAACUUUACUACACAUAGAAUAGACUAAUGAAAUGUUUUGCUGUAGACAUCUAAAAACACUUAAGUACAUAGCAUAACAUCCUCCUUGUUUAUGAUGGAAGAAAUCAAUUUAUUUGUACGAAUAUGUUUAUUAAUCUAUCAAUUGCCUGUAUGCGUGUGGAUGGCAUGCAGCACUAAGGACAAAUAUGUUUUCGUGUGUGUAAAUGGUGUUCAGCACUAAGAACAGACAUAUUUCCUCUGGACGAUGUUCAGCACUUUGGACAGGACCAAGGGCAGAAAUGUUUUCGUGUGAAUAGUGUUCAGUAUUAAGGACAGGGGUGUUUGUGUGUGGAUAGUGUUCAGCAUUAAGGACAUGGAUGUUUCUAUGUGGAUAGUGUUCAGCACUAAGGACAGGAAUGUUUCAGUGUUUAGCACUAAGGACAGGGAUGUUUCUGUGUGAAUAGCGUUCAGCACUAAGGACAGGGGUGUUUCUAUGUGGAUAGUGUUCAGCACUAAGGACAGGGAUGUUUCUAUAUGGAUAGUGUUCAGCACCAAGAACAUAAAUGUUUCUGUGUGGAUAGUGUUCAGUACUAGGGAUAGGAAUGUUCGCCUUUGCAUGGACGAUGUACCAAGGGCAGAUGCUUUUGAAGGUUCGCCAAUAGUACAAGGACAUGUUUAUUUGUGUGGACCUUGUCAGAACCAGGUAACGUUACAGGUGUGUUUACCGUUACAGAUGAUAUAAACAAUACGUAUGUAAACGGUAUUCAACAGCAUCAAAAGUCGGUCAAUGAAAAAGAUGGUUAACAAAACAAAAACAUGUGGUAGAGUCUAACGUUAAUGUAACAUGCCAGCAAUACAGGCCAUCAGUCUAUCGUAAUUGAACCCCAUUUAUUUUUCAUUACAAAGUAAAAGCAUUCAUGAAAGUAACGUAAAUGUCUACCGUCGUCUGCAUCAGAGUAUCCCUGAAAAUAGGCAAGAUCUAGAGUAAUGAAAGAUGCUCGGUGGUGUUACCUCAGUGCCUGGCUGCAGACAUGUCUUGCAAACAUGUGCCUGUUGCUGUUGGUUGUGCUGUUGUCAAAACAACACGAACAUCGAACGACUAUAUCACGUACGAAAUAAACGAACGUUGUUCUGGAAUAUGAGAAGCUUUCGAACACACUAUUCGCAAAGUGACGUAAAACGUCCGGCUGUGUUUGAAAUUUCACACUGUUGUCAGAACAACAGAGGAACAGUGUUGUCCAACAGAAGAUGCCUCCAACAACGCGCAGCAGGAGUAGGGUGUCAGUCAAGGCUAGCACCAUCAGCACUAACUCUUCGUGGACGUCGAGUGAGAGUGAAGAAGACACCCAGGGUGCGCCUAGUGUGCUGUUUGUGCUACUUCAGUUCCUGUGUGCCGCGGUGGCUCUCGGGACGGGUGUGUACGGCACCGUUCAACAGGAUCUGUCAGCGCUGUGGCAGAAGGGUGACAUCAAGUCACGUCUCCUGCUUGCCAACCACGCUGUCCUGGUCUUGGUCCUAUCUAUUGCUGUCUUGGUGACCUGUGGUAAGCUGGUGUCGGGACUGGCUUCCAAAGUGCGACGUGUCCGCAGCUCUACCUGGCGAUCCUCGCGGGAAAACGAGAGCUCUGGCGUCACCAAGGUCUUCAUUCUGGCAAUGCUUACAGGGAUCUGCGCAUGCUUAGUUCUUUACGUUACGCUCUGUUACCUCAUCGCACAUCCAUGGUUGGACAUUUCUCAGACAACUUUCACCACAAGGUUGGCAGCUUCUCUAGCGGUAUGUCUCAGCACUGCAGCGAUCCUCGUUUCCUUGAUUGUGACCUCUGCACUUCUGGACCAACUACUGAUCUCAUUUGGACUGGACCCCGACCAGACAAACUUUGCCCUAAUUGUACAAUGCAUAACAUCUAAUUCUGCAGCCUUGAUGACACACCUGGGUCUUCUGUCCUCCAUGUACUCUCUGGCCUGGGUGUCCGGAGAGGCCGGAGUUCAGCUAUGGCUUCAGAGGAUAGCUCUCGUUCUGAUUGGUGGCCCAGCCUGUUUGCUGGAGGCGGUUUUGUUGUUCUGGACCAUCAAAAAGCUGACCCGCAUGAUCAUUAGUGUAGUCAGCCAAUAUGUCCAGAAGGUCAUUGAGAUCAUGAAUGCCAUCCGGCUGUCUUUGCCAGCCAUGUUUUUCCUGUCGUGCCUCGCCACUAGUGGAGCUGUUUAUGGGGUUUUGUUUACCGAGGAGAAGGCGCCAGAUGACGUCAUUUUUGCUGCCUUGGUUGUGCUUACUGCCAUGGCGAUUGCCGUGAACGUAGGACUGGGGCUGUGGCUAGUUUACGACAUCCUUCCACUGGACAACCAGGAGCAGAUACAACAGGGAGGAGUGGACUUCAUGGCGGCUUUACUGAUGGAGAUGCCAUUCCUACCACAGCAACCUAAGGAGAGCUAACUUAUCGAUUGGGAGGUCCUUAGUUAGUAAUUUAAAGGUCCUCGUGAACAGAGAAAAUGGGUCACAGACUAACUAUGCUUUUCUGUCAUUGAUAUUGCACGCAUUUUGAAACGGGGGCUGGAAUGUAAUUAUAUUUUAUACUUCCUGGAAUAAAUGUUAGUCAGCAGUUUCUUCCACAAUAAAGGCGUUUUACAUUCCACUGUUACUUAGCA